CUAUCGAUCAUCAUCCGGCUCCCGUGUGCUUUCAAAUCGCAAUGCAGCUCCUACAAUCACUGUUGGUAUCCGCAGCUAUCCUGGUCGGCAAUAUCCACUCCCAAUCCGACGGCAGCUUCUCCUGUGACCACCAAAUCAUUGACGGAAAGCCGGCGACCGUGGCGUUCUGUGGCCAUCCAAACUUCAACGAUCACAGGAAACCUAAAACACCGACCUCAUUUUCAAAAUUCCAACCCGCAAAUCCAGUCGGUCGGUCGCCAGUGGACCACUAUACUUGCGUGGGCAUCGCCCCGCUCUUGGCCUAUUGCUGCAUACCGGACACGAUGGGAGACGUGAGCGACAAAUCGAGCUAG